CAAAUCAAAAUAAAAAAAACAAAGUACCUACAAUACAAUUGAAAAUUCGAAUUUCGAAAUUUUCUUUAUAAAACUAAGUUGGAUUGUGGAUUGUGAAAUUUGAAAAGAUACGUAAAAAAAAAAUAACUUGGAGAUAAGACUUUCCUACGGUCUUCUCAUCUUGUAGAUUCAGCAAAAACGUACCUAGUGGUCAUAUUCUCUUGGUUCAGCAGUAGCUUAUCCGAGCCGAGACGAAGUACCUUAGAACUAGUAAAAAUAUUCUAACCAGUAAAAAGUUACUGCCAUAUUUUGCAGUAAAAAUAUAUGCUAAAAAUGAGUCAUAGGACGCUCACUUUUGUUACGGGAAAUGUGAAAAAAUUGGAAGAGGUUCGGGCUAUAUUGGGCAAUAAUUUCCCAUUUGAAGUAGUAAAUCAUAUGUUAGAUUUGCCCGAGUUACAGGGUGAAAUAGAUGAGGUAUCUAUAAAGAAGUGUCAAGAAGCGGCCCGCCGAAUGAAAAGGCCAGUUUUUAUUGAAGACACAAGCCUAUGUUUCAAUGCACUGGGUGGUCUGCCUGGGCCAUAUAUUAAAUGGUUUUUAGAUAAAAUAAAACCAGAAGGCUUGCACAAAAUGCUAACUGGAUGGGAAGACAAAUCUGCUGAAGCGGUUUGUACUUUUGCAUAUUGUUCUGGUUUUAGUGAUGAUUCAGAAGUGGUGCUUUUUCAAGGUAUCACUAAAGGUGAAAUUGUGUUUCCAAGAGGUAGCAGAGAUUUUGGAUGGGACUGCAUUUUUCAACCUGAUGGCUAUGAUAAAACUUAUGCUGAACUACCAAAAGAAGAGAAAAACAAAAUAUCUCAUAGGUAUAAAGCCUUAGAUAAAUUACGGAGUUAUUUUUUAAAAAAUGAACUUUAAUUUUUUGGGAAAAUUCGAUCUUGCUAAGUAUUUUGAUUUAGACACUUAUAGUCAGACAAAAUUAAAAUGUUCCUGUUAAAUAAUAUGACAAAAAUGUUUAUAAGUAACAAAUUUCAAUCUGGCAUAACUGAAUAAUAUAUUUUUUCACUUUUAUUCUAUCUGCGAUAUAGGUACUUACUAGAUAAGCGUAGUUAGUAUGAUUUAGAUAAGUGUAAAGGGGUUCGAAGAUUUUUAGUAUGGAGCAUGGCUUAUGGCCAGCUACCAUUUUGAUUUUGUUCCGAAAUCUCAGUCACUCCUUAAAACCUUUGUAAAUAGAUAGAAGCCACUUAGAUGACCACGAAAUAUAAAUAAGUCAUUUUAUGUUUAAACCACCAGUUUCUGAGAUAUUUUAUGUCAAAGAAUUUUAUAAUUGGGAAUUGGGAUGUAUUGCAUGCACUUAGAAGAUAAUGCUCAUAGAAUUCCACUAAUAUAUAAGAAUUCUUUAUUUUACGGAUCACAUAGUUAUUUUAGGUACAAUUAUAACCUAAAACAUCAUUUUUUAUUUACCUUUACUUACACUCGUGCCUAUAGGUACCUGCAACCCAAAAAUGGGGUUUCUUGGUUGUAUACCAAUUUCAUUUUACUCUAUUUUGGAAAUGUCCCAUAGAUUAAUGUAUGUUA